AUGAACACUAAGAUUGUGCUAGUCUUGGGGUUAGUGGUCCUGGCUGUUGCUGACAAAAGACCAUCUUUCUCCUAUGGACCACCCCAGGAGUCCGUUGAUUCUGUGGAAGUCUCAGCAGAGUCCAGCGAGGCAAAGUACGACUUUAACUGGUCCGUGAAGGACGAUGACUCUGAUAACGACUUCGGUCACCAGGAGUCUCGCGAUGGUGACAGUACCAAGGGGUCGUACUACGUACAGCUUCCCGAUGGUCGUCUGCAGAAGGUGACUUACUAUGUGGACGGUGACUCAGGCUACGUGGCUGAGGUGACCUACGAAGGAGAGGCUCAGUACCCAGAAUCUGAAGAGUCUAGGGAGGCUCCCUCAUACGCCUAAGAAUAGCCUACUCAACUCCUGACUCAACUGAAUCAAAAUAGGAAACAUCAACUCAUCCCUAUUUACUAAAAUAAUGAUUUAAGGCGGUGCUUAAAAAAAAUUAGCUGGAAGACUCGCUUACCGACCAAAACAUCUACGUUUUGAUCGUUUCACCCUGAGUGGCUUUUCACUGCUGUUUCCUCAUUCGCUACGAAGACAUCUCCAAUAAUGCCAGACAUCUGCUGCACCAAUAACUCCACAACAUAUGAGAAUUUUUUCGGGUGUCUUA